AUGCCAUUUCAAGUAAGUAUAUCUACUGAAUCUCGAGUUUCUGAUCCUUCUGGUACUGAAUCAACCCAAGGAAAUGAUCAAGAUGAGUCAAAGACUCGAAGCUCUGCUUCAUCGAAAUCACCAGAAAUCCAGGAAACAGAGGUAGGUUCAUCAAACAAAACUCGACCUCUUAUUUCACCUGAUGAUCCAGAACUAGACUGCGAAUUACUGGAAGCUAAUGGGUUGGGACGUUUGAGUGUUGAUGUAGUAGAAUCUGUGGUCUCGUUUGUAUUAUCUUGA